CAAAGUGUCAAGGAAACGGUCGUUUAAAUGUAGACUUGAUUGCACAAACUAUUUGAAGAACAGAUCUCUCCCCUACUCUAGUGUUGAACCUGUCUCUCCCCUCCUCUCUUCCGGGUCCAGUCAUUUAAAAAGAUAACUCUACAGCCCGGCAUCGAUUAGAUGCUCAUUCUGUGAUGCUGGCUCCACGUAAGCCCAUUUGAACAGCCUGCGCCGAUCUUGCCUGUCUCAGCUCUCUCCCUAUUUCUAUACCCGCGGCUCAAGUCAAGCACAAACCUCCGGCUUCCAUACAACUUAAAUACCGGCAUGUCUCUCACCAAGCCCCUAUCCUUCUCAUCCCCCAUCCAGAUAUGCAGGAUCAUGCGCCCUGAUGAUGCCAACAUUGUGGGCAAUGUGCACGGAGGGACCAUCCUGAAAAUGAUUGAAGAAGCGGGGGGCAUCAUCAGCACUCGCCACUGCAACAAACAGCCAGGGGAUCGCUGUGUGGCAGCCCUGGCUCGCGUGGAGCGCACCGAUUUCCUCCACCCCAUGCUGAUCGGAGAGGUGGCUCACGUGAGCGCAGAGCUCACCUACACAUCUAGACACUCUGUGGAGGUGCAGGUCAACGUCAUGUCCGAAAACAUCCUUACAGGGUCCAAAAAGCUAACAAAUAAGGCAACUCUGUGGUAUGUUCCGUUCUCUCUUGAAAAUGUCGACAAAGUCACCGACGUUCCUCAGAUUGAGUACGCCAGCCCGGAGCAGGAAGAGGAAGGGAAGAAACGUUACGAAGCUCAGAAGAUGGAGAGGCUGGAGAGCAAAGAGAGGAACGGGGAAGCCAUCAUUCCCGUCAUCAGCCCAGACAGACAAACUAAAGAAGAGUACACUGUGGGAUUCAGCCAGUCCAGCCUGAUCCAUCUCGUGGGCCCGUCAGACUGCACUCUGCACGGAUUUGUGCAUGGAGGAGUCACUAUGAAGCUGAUGGAUGAGGUGGCUGGGAUCGUUGCUGCCCGACACUGCAAGACUAACAUCGUGACCGCCUCGGUGGAUGCCAUCAACUUCCACCGCAAGAUCAAGAAAGGCUGCGUGGUGACUGUGUCGGGCAGGAUGACCUUCACCAGUAACAAGUCGAUGGAGAUCGAGGUGUUUGUGGACGCAGACCCCCUGGUGGAGACAGCGAAAGGGAAGUACAGAGCGGUCAGCGCCUUCUUCACCUACAUUUCACUGGAUAAGGACGGAAAGCCACUGCCUGUCACCUCGCUAAAGCUUGAAACCCAAGAAGAGAAGAAACGUUUCGAAGAAGGCAAAGUCCGAUACCUGCAAACGAAGGCCAAGAGACAGGCGGAGCAGGAACGUCAGCAGUGACCUUUCACCCAGCGGGAGCAAAUCAAAACAUACAGUAUAUAACCGCUCCAGAAGAGAAACAGUGUAUCACAAGCAACCAGAAUAGUGAUUCAACUCUAUCUGAAAAGUAUUGUUUUAUUAUUAACAGUGUAUCACAAGCAACCACAAUAGCGAUUCAGUUCUAUCUGAAAAGUAUUGUUUUAUUAUGAAGUGUACAUUGUGUCUCAGUGCAGAAUACCAAAGCAAAUACAUGUGUAUUUAACAGAAACAAAACAAAAUGCUUUAUCUUAUUGUAUCUUAAAAGUAUUUAAAGUUUUAUUUUUAAAGGCUUGAACCACUAUGUGCAAAGUAUAAAUUAUAUGUGUUGUGCCGCAUGGAAAAAUAACAUAAACGCUACCAACUGGA